AAGUGUCAUUCUUCACAUUCUUGUCAUAGUGGUCAUUCUUUUCAUUUCCAAUUUUUUAAUCGAUUUUAGCUUUGCAGCACAGGGUAUUUCCACCAAAUAAAAAUCAAUUUCAAAAUGAACAAUUCCAAGCUUUUACUUCUUGCCAGGGCUUGCCAAAGGCAAAUCACAAGGAAUGUUGCCACCACUGAAGUCAGUGGGCCCAGGGUAGAACGACUGAAAAAUCUGCAGAAAAAAAUGCAGAUUGAUGAUGGCGAAUUAGUUCACCUCAAGAAUGGUUUUGGAGACAAAGCUCUAUAUCAAUUCACCCUUCUCUUGACCCUCAUUGGACUGGGUUUAAGUGCUGAUACCCUUAUUAAACUCACCUUGGGCAAAAAAUAAACAAUUCAUGAAAUAUUGUGUAGUGGUUAC